UUUAAUGAAAUGUUACAGGGUUCUGUUGUGUCUCAGACAGACAGUUGGAAACCCGGUAUGGUGGUAUACGUCUUUGACGAGAAAACUGGUAAAAGUUUAUCUGGAGAAUAUUUCUUCUUAGGAAAUUAUGAACCUAACUUGUCACAAAUAGAUGUAUCUAGACUUGUCACAUUAUUAAAUGGAAUUGCUAAUGAUAGAAUUGUAGCUGUGUCUGUGUAUAAGAAUAUGGUUCACCCACAAGUUGAUCUGACAACUAUAUUCAAAGCUAUUGAACAACUGGCAUAUGGCAACGAAACCAACAGCAGUCCUUUAAGAAAAAUUGCAAAUGGUGAUGCGUAUGUUCUUCUUACCCAAAAAGGAAAUACUAAUGUUACUAUAGAAGAUCUGAGUCGAAAAGGAGACAGUGACAGUCAAAGUGCUAAGGCAUCACUAACAUUGCUCGCACCCAAGUUAAAGUUCCAAGUUACCAGUUAUAUCGACAAUGUCAACGACGACCAGUCAGCCGUAGAUUUCCGAGUGAUGACUACUGCUGCAGCCUUUCCUAUACUUACUCUGCUGGAUGAGGUCACAACAUGGGUACCAGGUGAUAAGUUGGUUUUAGCGUCUACAGAUUAUGACUGGGGACAAGCAGAAGAAGCAACAGUAGUAACAUGUGCUACAUGCACUAAACAUCAAGUUCAAGUGGAAAUGGAUUCACGAUACACGCAUUUUGGAGAGAUAAUCAGUAAUGUUGACCAGAGAGGAGAAGUUGCUCUUUUAACCAGAAAUGUCUUGAUUGAAGGGAAAAUGGAGGAUAGCUGCCCACCUAGUAAUGGCAACUGUCACGAUUUCCACUAUGACACAUUUGGUGGUCAUCUGAAGUUUGUACAAGGAAUUGCCAAUGUGCAUAUAGAAGGUGUUGAACUUGUUAACAUGGGUCAGCAGACUGUAAUAGGUCAUUAUCCGGUUCAUUUUCACAUAUGUCAUGAUUUAGAUGGUCUUGGAAAUUACACUAAUCCUCCGUAUUUUAGAUACAGUACAGUACACCAUUCCUUCUCUAGAUGUGUUACUAUACAUGGUACACAUGGUGUAACGAUUGUGGACAAUGUAUGUUAUGAUGCUCUAGGCCAUGCUUACUUUCUGGAAGAUGGAGGUGAAAAGAGAAAUGUUCUUGAUGGAAAUAUCGGUCUAACCACACGUAAAGGAAAGAUUCUGACAUCAGAUAGUCGACCGGCUACAUAUUUUGUGACGAAUCCCAAAAAUCAUCUUAGAAAUAACGUUGCUGCUGGUUCCGAGUAUUAUGGAUUUUGGUAUGUAUUCCCUGACGAACCUUAUGGUCCAUCAUACGGACUUGGCUUCAUGCAGCUGUAUGAAUCACAACAUACUCCAUAUGCCGAAUGGAAUAAUAAUGUAGGACAUUCUAAUGAAGUUGAUGGUUUGUUUGCCGAUAGUAAAGUAUUGCCUACAACUGCUGCAGGAGGAACAAGUGAUUAUUCGCCCAAAAUUCGACCACUGGACAGAAAUUCACCUGCAGCACAGGUCAGGAUUAUCAAACCCACAUUCUACAAGAAUCGUUUCCAUAACAUGUGGAUAAGAGGUGGAUGGAUUACUGUUGAACACGGAUCUUUUGCGGAUAGUGCCAAUGGACUAGCAUUUGCUAAAUCUGAUGAUCAAGCUCAGUUUCUGCAGAACUCUGUUAUAAUAGGAGAAUCGAAGAACAUAGGAGAACCGACAUUAUAUGUGGAUACUGCCGCAUCUACAUCAAUUCAGUUUAACCGAUCUAUACCCGUAUAUACAACACCCUCCACGCCUAUUCAUGGAUUUUUGUUCCAUGAUGGUCCGGUUUAUUUGGAGAAUGUCUGGUUUUCUGGUUUUAAAUCCAAUUCUUAUUAUCUAGCAGGAGCUAUUGGUUUUGAGAAAUAUAAUCAGAAUAUAACAUCAGCUGUUAGUUCUGUUAAACAUAUAAGAUUCGACUUCACUGAUGUUACAUUAGGAAAUCGAGUUCUCGACAGCAACUCCACUUUAAUGGGAUUUCCCGAUGAUGAUCGAUAUAAUGGAAUUACAUUCCGAGAUACAGAUGGUAGUGUUACCGGUUAUUCUAACAGUCAAAUUGUCAAAUCUCGACCAUUUUAUAUUACUAGAGGAUGUUACGUACGAUCUAACUGGCAAGUUGCCGUUUGUCCAGAUACAUUUGGAAAGUUGACAAUAACCUUUGAAGAUAAACAACCUGAUGAUACAGGACCAACUGUAUUUGCUGUAAGAGAUGAUAAACCUGCUGUACAGGAGGUUCAGACAAACCAGAACCCAGCGCAAUUUACAACAGUUCUUGGUGGAGGCUAUAGUUACACUCUACACUGGAAAGAUUUCGUUCCUCGCACUUUCACUAUACGGGGUGAUGGAAUUGAACAGGGUAAAUGGUUACGGUUUGGUGUAUGUUUACCACGACAUGCUAAACUUGAUCUGUCCUCCACGAGUCCGAAAUAUCUAGAGAAUAUGAACAACUGGAUCUCAGUAGCCAGUUUACAGGAACUAGAGGCUGAUAACAUAGGUGAUAAAUAUUAUUGGGAUACAACUGCUGGAUUACUGUUUUUUAAGUUCGUGAGUUUUACUACCAGGGAGGCAAAUGCGACAACGGAAUGUGGUGUACAAGAAUGUCCCAACGUCAGGAUAGAGGUUUUGUCGGGGGAUGUUACAGACCGCGAUUGUACCAGUAGAGCUUACGACACGUUUUCUUACAAUAGAACGGAACCGAAUCCAACCAGACCACUUCAUGCCCAAGGUUUAUCAGCAAGCGCCUCGAGCCCAGGAACCUAUGGAGCUGGACCCACUCGACCUUUUACAACACGAUCACGUGUAAACGGUCAAUUUGGAGAGUGGGGACCCUGGAGUGAUUGUUCUAAAUCGUGUGAAGGAGGAAUUCAGACGAGAAGGCGUUACUGUGAUCAUCCUAUACCCCAGAAAGGUGGCACGUCUUGUACUGGUAAAGCUGUUGAAACAAGAGACUGCACCCAACAAUACUGUGCUGUAGAUGGUGGCUGGUCAGCCUUUGGCGAUUGGACAGCGUGUGUCAAGGUCACCGGGUGUAAUGGUUACCAGAAACGAACGAGAGAGUGUAAUUCACCAGCUCCCGCCCAUAACGGUAAAUAUUGCGAGGGACAAGACGAAGAAGUGAAAUCAUGUACAGUUUGUUAGAUUAGCCCUGGAAAAUAAAAUGAGUGUUGUUAAA